AUGAGAAAUAUUGAUUCGGCUUGUUUUCUCGCCAGCGAUGCGGAGUUGGUGGUUCACCGCGGCGUUGGCGUGUGUGUUGGCGGGGGUUUGCUUGCCUGGUCCGCGCCGCCGACUCCUCCGUGCCCGUGCGCCCAACCCGAGUUGUGUCAGCCGGUCAAGACUCCGCCAAGGAAGGAGAUUUUUGUGUUCGCUGUCAAGAAUGACACUUGGAAACACUAUGACUGGGACAGGGUGACGACGGUGGUUAUGUUUGGGUUUUACAGCGCAGAGCUGAUGUGCUACGCCCACUCGAAGGGAGCCAGAGUCGUCCUGAAAGGUGACAUUAAAGCGGAAGAUGUACCUCACCUGUACGAGCCUCGCUUCCGGGACGACUGGGUGACGAACAAGGUGUCUCUGAUGAUCAAGCAGCACAUGGAUGGGAUCAACAUCGACAUUGAGCAGCCGAUACCUGCCACUGACCCGGCGCGCGACGGUCUAACCAAGCUAGUCAACGAGACCACCUGGGUCUUCCAUGCCAUCAACAAAGCAGCGCAGGUAACGUUUGAUGUUGCCUGGUCACCAGACUGUAUCGACGGCCGUUGCUAUGACAUCGUAAACAUUGCUAAGUCAUGUGACUUCCUGUUUGUCAUGUCGUAUGACGAGCGAAGCCAAAUCACCGGGCCGUGCGUUGCGAGCGCGAAUUCUGCGCUGGAAACAACGUUAGGAGGAUAUGAGGAGUAUCUUAAGAUGGGCAUCCCACCAGACCAACUUGUUAUGGGUGUGCCCUGGUAUGGCUAUGACUAUCCCUGUCUGGACCUUUCAAAGGAUGACGUCUGCAGUAUUAAGAAGGUCCCAUUUCGAGGUGCCCCCUGCAGUGAUGCCGCCGGCCGCCAGGUGGAUUUUAAGGACAUCAUGAGGCUGAUGGGAAACUCCUCAAGGAAGUGGAGCGACAUCUUCAAGUCUCCUUACUUCAACUUUCAGGAGGGAGGAAUCACCCAUCAGAUGUGGUUCGACGACCCAGUGUCCCUACAGUACAAGUACGGUUGGGCGCUGAAGCAGGGGUUACGCGGGGUCGGCAUGUGGCACGGAGACACCCUCGACUACGUGACCUCCGACCCUGAGGUCAAGGAUCAGACCCAGGCGAUGUGGGACUGUCUUCCGCAGUAUCACAAGACGUCUUGAGAACGAACGUCUUGUCUCUCUUCUUACUUUAUCUCCAAAC